CGAGCCCAUGAGGCCGUGAUCCGCAGCCAGGAUCUGGUAUAUAAUCUCAACCUUCCUCAAGCUCUGCUCGAUCGUCAAGAGGUCGAUUUCGGAGAAGUCCGCUUUUAUGAGAUCAAGCGGCAGUCCGUCACUUUGACGAAUACUGGACAGUCGUCGCUGGAGUUCCGCUUCGUUCGCGAGGGUGCAGCAGUCUUUCCAUUAUGGCUCACAGUUACUCCCACCUCCCGGGAGCUAGAGAAGGACGGCUCUUGUCAGAUCACCUUUGAAGUGUACGUAAACAACGAGACCGUGCGCCAGUUGAACAACGGCUCUAUGGAACUCUCUGCCAUUCUAGUGCUUAAGCUGAUCGGUGGUAAAGACUACUUCAUCUCUCUAGCCGGCCACUUUGUAGCCACUUCCUUCGGCCUGCCUUUAUCGAUGCUUCUCAGCCUCUCCAGCCUACCAGUGACUAGGAUGUCAACUGAAGAAGUUCGGAAGAGGGUGGGUUUUCUUGGACUCAGUUUGCCAGAUUAA